AUGCGCAGUCAGGCUCAAGAAACCGAUUUUGAACUAGCCGGGCUUAACGCCGGAUCUGAGAACCCACCACUGGCAGAUACUGCAGUCUCACUUGCAUUUCCAGAUGGCGGAAAAGAGGCAUGGACUUGCUUACUAGGCUCAGCCUUGAUUUUAUUUCCAUCGUUUGGAUUUCAAACCGCCAUUGGAUCCGUCCAGGACUAUCUCAGUACCCAUCAACUAGCGGAUUACACGGUUAGAGACGUGGGCUGGAUCACUGCGGUCCUAGUAUUUCUCACUUUAUUCCUGGGAAUCCAGGUUGGCCCACUAUUUGAUCGAUAUGGACCUCGCAUGCUGUUGAUCAUUGGGUCACUCGGUAGCACCGCCUCGUACUUCCUGCUCGCCGAGUGCACGAAGUACUGGCAUUUCAUGCUAUGUCUCAGUGUACUGGGCGGUAUCUCUUCAGCAGUCGUGACAACAGUUUCCAUCUCCGUGUUAAGCCACUGGUUUUAUAGACGGCGUGCACUCGCUUCUGGCCUCUGCAUGUCCGGCUCAUCGGCUGGCGGUGCAAUCAUUCCCUUGCUCCUGCGAACACUUUUCAAAGAAUACGGCUGGACGUGGUCGAUUCGGAUCAUCGGGUUUAUGGCACUUGGCUGCUACGCAGCUGGAAUCAUGCUUGUGAAGGGCCGACUGCCGAUGGUUGGCGAGACGAAAGCCAUUGUCGAUCUCCGUGCGUUCAAGGCGCCAAGACUGUGUUUUCUUGCGGUGGCGGUGUUUGCUUUUGAAUUUAUCAUCUUUGGCUGUGCGGCUCUUCUUCCGACUUAUGUUCGCUACUCGGGUCUCGACCUUGAUGUUCAGUUUUACUCGCUCACUGUGCUGAACAGUAUGAGUCUGGUCGGUAGAGUACUACCCGGUGUUGCGGCAGAUCUAUUUGGUCGAUUCAACAUCCUGUUGACUCUGGCGUGCAUCACUCUGGUCAUCAUGGGGAGUGUUUGGAUUCCCUUCGGGUCUCAGAACGAAGCGACGCUGUAUGCGGUUGUCGCCAUCUUUGGCUUCGGGUCGGGCGGUUGGGUCUCUUUGGCUCCUGUCUGCGCGGGCCAGCUUUGUCGCACGGAGGAAUAUGGCCGAUUUUACGGCACAAUAUACUCCGUUGCUGCAUUUGGAGUGUUGUUAACGGUUCCUGUUGGUGGUGAGCUUCUUCAAUCGACGACACCCCAAGCCCUUGUCGGCUUUUAUGCCGCAGUCCUUCUCAUUGGGCUUAUUUCUGUGGGUAUGUCGCGAUGGGCACUGCUUGACUGGAAGUGGAAGUGGAAAGUAAAAGUCUGA